CAGAAGCCUUAUCUCUCGCGUAAAGCCUUAGGAAAGGUUAAACCUGCGGCACGACAGGGAUCCGCAAUGAAAAUAAGAAACUAUAAUGUACGGGAUGACCGCCAGUGGACUGGGACUAGGGUCCAGAAAUAACAGUGUAAGCUUGGGUUCCAACAUGGCCACCAUCACAAGAACCUAUGAGAUUCAGUCGUCUGUAUGACGACUGUUUAAGCUCCCGCGCUCGUACCUUAAAUAUAACAUGGUUCGUCGCUAUUGGCAGCUUAUGCUACUGACUGUGGUCAAUUUGGUUAUGUUCUCGGUCGAAUCCGGGGGUAGUUUGAUAGGGACAAGGCGGCUAGAGAGGCACGGCUAUUGGCACGACACACAUUCAAGGGAAAGAGCGGCAGUUGAGAUCCAGGGUCAUCCACGUAUCACGAACGGUGACGUUCAGAUAGAGGGGCGUUAUGUUCGAUCUCGUGCCAUCAGAAGGCGUAAGCGGUACGCACUCAGAGGGACUCAAUGGCACAAAAAGCGUAUCACCUAUCAAGUAAUGAACGCGUUUAGUAAAUGGGCAGCAGUGACCAGCCUCGUAUUCGUGCGAGUUCCACCGACAUCACGUGACGCGGACAUCACCAUACGAUUUGUCAAGGCUGGUGACCAUGGUGACGAGAAGCCGUUUCGAAAAGGGAUAACGGAACAACUUGUAGGACACACUUUUCCGCCAUGGAAUAACACAGGUCGCUCAGGCGAUAUCCAUUUCAAUGACGACAAAUACUUUUCACUACCGGGAUAUGCGCGCGCAGCUUAUGAUUUCCUGUGGAUCGCGAUGCACGAGAUUGGCCAUAGCCUGGGACUAGCCCACACAGGCGACCCGUUCUCGGUGAUGUACACCACCUACACCGCGUACUUCUACAACCGCAAAAGGGAUCUCAGCGCGGAUGAUAUCAGAGGGAUACAGGCCUUGUAUGGGCCGCCUCUUCCAUCUGGGAUACCAAACGAGUGUGCCGUGACGUCACUAAGCGCCAUGGUUAUGACCGCAUGACCUUCUUACUAAAGAACAACAGAUUCUGGAUGUUUCACAACCGAGUAAAAUAUAAUGGUCCUCUACCAAUCACAGACCCCGAGCUGAACAUCCCGCUAAACCUAACUGGCAUAGAUGCCGCGCUAGAAUCCACCAAUAACAAAACGGUGCUGCUCU